CUCAGUCUCGUCGUCCUGAUGCAUUGAUCUAUCAUCGCAUACUGGCAACACGAGGUGACAUAUCGGUCGUGAUGUCAUAUGAUCGGUGACGAAGUAGAAAGAAAUGGCGCCUUCACGUCGUUGAAGAUGAAAUACUUUCACUCGGCAACUCAGGGUCGUGGUCGUCGUGCUGGGACGACUUGAUUCGUUGUCGUGACAUUCAUGAUUGCACUUCAACAGUUUGUCUUCAUCGUUCACCCGAAGAAACUGCGCCGUCAGGUGCACUAUCCUGCGCAAAAGCAUCGCACUCGUAGUUGUAAUCCUAAUCGCAGUCAUGCAUUACAAAUCUCCAUCCCAAGGCAAAUCAACAUGACAAAUUCCAUUUCUCAUGCUGAGCUAAUUUGUCAUGCGAUUUAUACUAGUACGAUUAUAGUUUUGCAAAUGCAUAUGCACCUGCACCGUCACGUCGAUUACUUCCGCUAUUUUCCGGAUCUCCU